AUUGAUACUGAAUUUGCUGUACCUACAUUAUUUAAAUUAUUACCUUUUGUAUUUACUGUUUCAUUAAGUAUACUUUCUGUAUUAUUAUCUGAAUCCUUACCUAAAUUACUUAUGAAUUUUAAAUUCUCUAGAUUUGGUUAUAAUAUCUUUAGUUUCUUUAGUCAAAGAUUCUAUAUUGAAUUAUUCUAUAAUAAAUAUAUUGUAGAAGGUGUUCUAAAAUUAGGUGGUCAAACUUCUAAGAGUUUAGAUAAAGGUUCUGUUGAAUUAUUAGGACCUUACGGUUUAGAAAAAGGACUUUUAGUUUUAAGUAAUAGUAUAGGUAAUUUAAGUACAGUUGUUCUUAUAUCCUAUUCUUUAUAUACUAUU